AUGGCCAACAACAGCUCUUUAUCCACUUCGCAGGGCGAUGCUCCUCCUAACUGGGGAAUCGUGGAGAUGUGCAAUGUCGUGACUGCCGUCAUUGGCGGCCUGUUGAACACAUCUGUCUUCAUUUCUUUAGCAGUGAGCCGCGUUAUCUCUGUCCCUUUCACCAUUUACCUGCUUAACCUUCUCAUUGCCAACUUCCUGGAGACGGCCUGCGCCAAACUGGUCAACGCCCUUUUAGUGGUCUGCCUUCCGUGUCGCACGCAUGCAUUGUGCGACCUUUAUCUUUUCAGUAAUUAUUUAGCUAUGGCCGGUAUGAUCAACACCCAUUUACUCAUAUCUUUCAAUCGCUUAUGGGCCGUGACCUUUCCGCAUUCCUACAGGAUCCACCAUUCCAGGAAAAUUGCCAUCUGUAUCUGCGUGGCUAUGUGGUUUUAUAUUCUCUCUACUGUACUGCCGCAACUGAUUCGUGAUUCGAUUUAUUUUCGCAUUCCCUUUUCUCGGCAUGGCCGAUGCAUGCUGAACAAUGACGCUCAACCGAUUCUCUAUUUUGUAACUUUAAUGGUUGUCUACAUCAUCCCGGAAGUUGUGAUUCUGCUAACGUUCCCAGUUAUCUGGAGGAAGCGGAAGCGGUAUAAAAAGGUGGUGCAGCUCAAUCUUUCGGCUCAGCAAGUCAAUACCAAAGAGAUCGAAAAUACGGGUACUCGGAUCACCGCGCUGAGUCGAUCGCCGGAGUCGUCAAAAUCGCAACGGAAAAGCAUGCAGGUAUUAGUGAUCCUGAUGGUCAGCAUGAUAAUCUGCUGGACGCCGGUAAUGGGUGCCACUGUUGCCACUUGUUUUGUGGACUUCAAAAACCGGAUUUAUUUUGGCGUUACAACAUUCUUGUUUGCCUUGGAAGCCAUCACGGAUCCCAUCUUGUUUGGUGUGAUAUUCAGCCGCGAAGCGUUUAGGGAUAUGUGGCAUCGUUGGAUGAAAGUCUGUCAAUAA